UCCUCUCUGGGUUAUUUUUCAGGAAUCUGUCAGCAGGUAUUUCACAGGUUUGCAGAAGGAGCAUGCAGAGACCUGAACCCAAGGUCCCCCCCGCGCCGGGCUGACUGUUGUGUAACAGGGUUUAACUCUGAACACACACACACACACACACACACACACACACACACACACACACACACACACACACGUGUUGAAGGAGGAGUGUGACGUCAAAGCAACUCAGGUGUGUUUCAGACGCAGGUAGUAGCUCAAUAAGCCCUGUAAUUAUUUUUCUGCUCAGUUUAUCUAAUCUCCUCCCCACCGACGGGACACACACACACACACACACACACACACACACACACACACACACACACACACACACACACACACACACACUGACAGAGAGAGAGAGGGUUUAAGUUCAGAGGAAGGGGGAGGACAGCCUUUCACCGCGCCUCCAAGGCGCACACCGAACCAUGGCUCUGGCCGGGAAGGUGGCUCUGGUGACCGGAGGAGCGCAGGGCAUCGGGAGGGCAGCGGUCCAGUCUCUGCUGCAAAGCUCAGCUAAGGUGGCCGUUCUGGACCUGAACAAGACCUGCGGGGAGCAGUGCAAGGCCCAGCUGGACGCAGAGUUUGGAGAAGGACAGUGCACCUUCAUCCAGUGUGACGUGUCCAACGGAGACGCUCUGAGAGACGCCUUCCAGACCACCAUGGACAAGUUUGGACGUCUGGACAUUGUCAUCAACAACGCCGGCAUCAACAAUGAGAAGAACUGGGAGAAAACGAUCCAGGUCAACCUGACCUCUGUGAUCAAAGGAACGUACCUAGCUCUGGAGCACAUGAGCAAAGAAUACGGAAAAGAGGGAGGGACAAUAAUCAACGUGUCCUCCAUGGCAGCCUUCCUCCACUCCCCCCACCAGCCCGUCUACACCGCCACCAAACACGGAGUCAUCGGCUUCACCCGGGCCAUGGCGGACGCGUCCAUCACGGGGGACUACGGGGUCCGUAUCAACGUCCUUUGUCCAGCCUUCGUGGACACGCCGCUGCUACAGACCGUAGAACAGGAAGACAAUAUGGGGAAGUUCUUCAAGUUCAAGGACGACUUCAAACGCAGCAUGGACAAGUUCGGAAUCCUACAGCCAGAGCUGAUAGCUGAAGGCAUGAUGAGGCUGAUCACUGACUGCAGUCUGAACGGAGCCGUGAUGAAGAUCACAUGUUCUAAGGGGAUCCAUUUCCACACGUAUGAACCCAUGUCAGCCUGAGGUGUGACCCACCGGAGUCCGGACUUCUGCUGCUGCUGGACGGAACCAGAACUUUAACCUAUCUGACUGCAUCAGGACUGGUACCGGCUCAGGAGUGUCCCCCAUGUGGGUUUAAGGUUUAACUGAAGGUUCUGAUGGAUCCAGAAGAUUCUGGUUUUCAUUAAAUAUUAUUUGUGAACUUUUAUAAGAAGGAUUGUGAAUGUCGCCUGUUGGUAGAAACUUUAUUUUUUACAUGAUUUUUUUAUCCCAACAAACAUUUUGUGUUUUUGUUCGUAGAAGGUUCUGAUGGAAGCUGUCCGGUUCUGGUUUCCAUCUGACCCGCACCAGAAUACAGCUUCCUGCUAGGAUAUUUAAUUGAUUGAUGGUUGAUUGGUUUGAAUUCUGGUUCUGAUCAGCUGGUCUUCAGGCUGCAGUCAGAGUAAACAGCUAGUGAGUCAACGCCUGAACCCUAACCCAAACGUUGUCAGGAUCUGCUGCAGAUUCAGAGCUCGUUGUUACCAUGGCAACGCAGCAAACAACUGUAUCCAAACUGAACUUGAAUAAAUAAGAGAUAAAACAUGA